GAGGGCGCUUCCCAGGGAGGUGGCAUCUGGAGGUCCUCGAAUUUCGUUUACACUAGUAGUAUUUGCUGAUGAUUUGCGGAAGAUUCUCUCUCGCGCUAUGGCCUCAUUAACCAAUUCUACUACCAUUGAUCAUAGCCGACUCGAAUUUCGAAUUCUUCAUCUGAACUAUUUCCCUGUAGAAGUGUCUGUGGUGGUACAUUCUUCACUUUCCUCUUCUUGAACCUUCGUCACCAUCGUCUAGAGCCAAUGCUAUGUUUUUUUUUUUGCAUUAUCAGAAGCUUCUCAGUGUCUUUGAUUCGAUGCGGUUAUAGUUUUGAUAUGGUACGAAUGGAACCCAUUCAACGAUGAUAAGGAGGAAAAUUGACUGACGUACGAUAUAUAUAUAUAUAUAUAUUUGCAUACGAUUUAACGUAUUUUUUUAUGUCUGUUUUUACAGCUGCGUAUCCUGAAAGUGGGGAAAAACUUUUUUUCCUUCUAAAGGUAUCGCAUGGUUUCACAUUUCUUGCAAAUCAUGCAAAUCUCUUUUCCAUUUAUCAAAGUUGACUGAACGACUUAGUCAUUCACCAAAUGCUACAUAUGAGCUAUUGCGACUUGAACUUUCGUUGGCAUAUUUUCACUUUAAAACCUUAUUUUACUUUUCUAUAUAUGCAAUUCAGGUACACGACAAGGACCACAAACAAGUUCAAAAACAACGAAAAGCAGCACAGAGCAAUCAGAGCUAACAGUUGCUUUGUGUUUGUUCAGGGAAAGGACCAAGACGAAAGUUCUGUAAUGAGUAUUCCAAUCUCUGUUAAAGCCUCUGGUGCAGAGGGGGUAAUAGAACUUUCUAGGAAAGAUGAUAAAUUAGAAGGAAAUUUUACCGUAGCAUUGAAUUCGUCAGUGGAUCCUGGGCGCUAUAUACUUUACCGUUUACGUGUAAAGGAGCUCACCAUCGUCUUUUCCAAAACAUACGGACUGCUGUUCAGGUCGGCUGGGGGAGGAGCAAAUGCGACGCUAAACAUUUCUUCUCACAGCGACAGCAUGUACAUUUAUGCAGACUUGAGCUUAUCUUCCGGCCAUCUAUCUACGAUACGUGUUGAAUAUCUUGAUGUGAGCGCUGCUGAGGCCGCAAGUUUGAUGCAGAAUGGAAUUGGCCGAUCCACCUGCCGGCCAUAUUUCCUUAAUGGCAAAGAGUCCACGUACGACGUAAAAUGUAUAGCCACAAACACUGUCUCCACGUAUCCCUCCAACCGGAAGGUGAUCUAUACAUUGACGCUGGCGGCGGCGCUCACAAUGUUGGCUGUUUUUGCGACCCGAAAGCUGUCUCUACGUGAUUAAAUACUCUACGUUUUGCUCGAGAGAGACGCUACUGUCUGAUGGCGUUCCUAUAAACGGAGGAGGAAGUAGAUGCAUUUGACUGUAAAACCUCUUAGCGUACUAGAAGGUCAGUUUCUUCACAUGCGUUUUGCUUCAUUUAUCUGAAGUGUGAUUCCUCUUGAUUUGGUUUAGGAGGUCAACUGAUAGGGAAUGAUAUGCAUCUUUUCCUUCUGUUGUUGUUCUCUCGGUUGAUUAUUAGUACUUUUGUUUACUAUAAACGAUGAAGGCAGCCUUUUUCUUACUUUUUCUAUCAUUCAUUUUAACAAUUAUCAAAAAAAUAUAAUGCAUUUACGUGGGAUAGUGUCUUGAGAUUCGAAAUUAUUCGAGGGUGUAGUGCCCCGCAUUUUUGACUGUUUUAUUAUCUUUUAGAUUCGUGGAGUUGCAUAUCUAUACAAUGACCGAGUGAAAUUAAUAUCCACCACUUAGACAAGCUUAAUUGUUACUAAUAUGUUGAUAUGAUUCAUUUAAGAGAGACAUGGUUGCGGUAUAGUGUAAAGUUAUUGUGUGUAUUAUUA